AUGACCAACAUCAUGAAUGGAAAAUUCCUCAGAGCAUGCAAGAAGAAGUGCCGGGCCGCGGGCCGGAAAAUAGAACCUUCCGGAAACCCGUUCUACGACUGCUGCAAGUGGGCCCGGUGGGCCCACGAGGACGAAAAGCCCGUCGUCCCCAAAGAUGUCCCGAAGGGCCAUUUGGCCGUGUACGUGGGCGAAAACCAAACGAGGCACGUCAUCAAAGUCAAUUUUCUCAAGAACCCGAUUUUCCGAGCCCUUCUCGAACAAGCUCGGGAGGAAUAUGAUUACACGGCCGAUUCACGACUUUUUAUCCCGUGUGACGAGAGCAUGUUCCUUAGCGUGGUCCAGUGCACCAGGUCACCGCCGGAUUGUAGAUGCCUGUGA